CAAAUGGAGGUUCUCGGAGCCGUAAUUUUGUUGUUUUAAAGAUUGGAGAAGAAAACUGAAUUCAGGAAUCGGCGAGAGGAGCUGUCGCCCUAGUGAAGAAUCAUUUCCCUGCGGUGGAAUGCAGGUCAUCAACGGUGAUGAUUCCGUUCUCGUUGUUGCUGUAGUUUUUGCGUAGUCAAGAUCAGGUUUUUCACCUAAUUUUAGUUUCAACAUUCUCUGAUUUCUUAUUGUAUUGCUAAAUUUAGAACCUUAAAAAGACUCGCGAAAUUAGCAGUGAAGAAACCAUUAUCAAUUCGACUCUUAUGAAAUAUUUUCAACAAAAUACUUAUUAGAUGGCCGACUUACACUAAAGAUUGCUACUUUCUCUAACAAUUGCCCAAAUUUAUCAUCCAAGAGCAUACCCAUGAGCAUGUUGUUAUUGUUAUUAUUAUUGUUAUUAUUAUUAUUAUUAUUUUACAAAUAAUGAUAGGGUAUAGAAUAGUGGCAGCCCUCCCUUUUCUCAAAUUCCCCCGCACCCGACUCAAGAUGUAAGCUAGCAUCUCCAACUUGCUGCCCAUUAGCAUGUUAUGUAAUGUUUUCAUCACCUAUGAAACAACCAUGCAGGUUAAGAAGGCAUUGAAGUUUUUUAAAGCAGACCUCCAAGGUUGGUUAUGCUUUAAUGCUGUUAAUGAGCAAGUUCCUACUUUUGUCCCUUUAGAGUAAGGCUAGGAUUUUUUAUUUGAUUUUAAGAGAUUAGAUGAUGAAUAGAUUACUGUGGCAUAUGAAGCUAAUUAAACCUUUACAUCCUAUGAAUUAAAUGCUAUUGCUUUUUUUUGUACUCCUUUCAAGUUCAAUGUAUUGAAAAUCCCCUUUUUGUGUACUUUUUUUUUUGAAUGCCUGAUUUCAAUGAGUCAUGUCAUCAUGCAAGAUUAAUGGCAGAUAUUGGGGAUAUGAUGAAUGUCGAAGUUAGUGAAGGAUCGACUGACAGUUCGAACCCUUACUUCUCAAGCCCUUGGAGGCAAAGUUUUAAUGUAUGUCUUUCGUGCUGUGAUUUGAAAAUACAAAUUUCUUUUACCAUGGCAUGAGCAUAUGUUAAAAAUAAACUUCUGUUGGGAAGGGAGAGACUUAUGAAUUUGAUUUUUUCUGAUCAGAUUAGUCACUUUAACUGCUCCUCAAUCCUCAAUAAUACGCUUUCCAUGAU